GGUGAUAAGUGGGAUGGAACAGAGAGAGUGCACGGAUGAAAUGUGUUUGACAAGCCUGGGACAAGUGCAUUUGCAACCAAUGUCAUACAGUAGAUGGCUGGGAAACCACUGAAUACGUAUUUAGAAGAAACCAGAUGCCCUAAGCAAUAAUACGGAAUUCGAUCCUACAAUAUUUUUUCACAGUUUGAUUCUAUCUUAGAAUUCUGCUGGUACCUGACAAGAACGAAAACGUGUAUGUGUAUAGAUUUACCUUCGUUAUAAGAAAAUGCCAAUUUAGAGUGGUCUGAUUGAAAGUAAUUUAAGUUUAAGUUAAAAUGAAGUCUAAAAAGAAUUAAGUUUCGGCUGUAUCACAUUUUAAAGAUCAUCAUGAACGAUUUUAAGCAUCUCGGCUGGAUAAAAAAAGCUUUUUUGUAUACAGUGAAACACGCAUAACGCAUCGCAAACAAUACAAACUCCAAGCUCUGUGCUGCUUGAGUGUAAAAUGGGAUGGCUGCUCAAUUCAACAACAGUAAUGCAUCUUUCACAUCAGCCAUGCAAGAAGCUAUAGAGGGAGAUUUCCUGGGAAUGUUUCCAAGCACUCCGUAUGACAGAACUUCCAUUACCAACAGAACAAACCAAUCAUGGAGCGAUCUGCUUAAAUACCUGGAUUUGGAUAAGUCCGAUUUUUUUGGAGACGGAUCAGCAGCCGUAAGAAUAUUCAUAUCUAUUGUUUACUCUGUCGUCUGUGCUUUGGGGCUCGUUGGCAAUAUACUUGUUAUGUACCUCAUGAAAUCCAAACAAGGGUGGAAGAAAUCCUCAAUUAACCUGUUCGUGACCAGCCUGGCCGUGACAGACUUCCAGUUCGUUUUGACUUUACCGUUCUGGGCUGUAGAAAAUGCGUUAGAUUUCACUUGGCUUUUUGGCAAAGCCAUGUGUAAGAUAGUGUCUUAUGUCACUGCAAUGAACAUGUAUGCAAGCGUGUUCUUUUUGACUGCUAUGAGUGUGGCCAGAUACUGGUCCGUAGCAUCUGCCCUGAAGAGUAAAAGGAGACCCCCUGGCUGUUCUGCAAAGUGGAUGAGUGUCCUGAUCUGGAUUUCGGCUAUCCUGGCCGCGUUGCCUCAUGCUAUAUUUUCUACAACGUCUACUGUGUCAAACGAAGAGCUGUGCUUAGUAAAGUUUCCCGACCAAAACGGCGCCGCCCAGUUCUGGUUGGGACUUUACCACGCUCAAAAAGUAAUGCUAGGAUUUGUCAUUCCUUUAUUCAUCAUUACCAUGUGCUACCUGCUGUUGCUGCGCUUUAUCACCAACAAAAACGUUAACACGUCCAGUACAAAAAGAAGAUCAAAAGUGACAAAGUCUGUAACUAUCGUUGUCCUUUCUUUUUUUCUUUGCUGGCUGCCGAACCAGGCUUUGACUGCAUGGGGUAUCCUGGUCAAGCUCAACGUGGUCCAUUUCAGCUACGAGUACUACACAACCCAAGCUUACAUUUUCCCCAUAACUGUCUGUCUGGCACACUCCAAUAGCUGCCUCAAUCCCAUUCUGUACUGUUUAAUGAGAAGGGAGUUUAGAAAGGCGCUAAGAAAACUGUUCUGGAAGAUCACUUCUCCCACUGUUACCAAUAUGCGACCAUUCACUGCCACCACGAAGCCAGAGCAGGAUGACCAGGGGAACGCGCUAGUCCCAUUAACCCCGGCGGAACCGGGGCUCGUAUUCUAUCCACCAGGAGCUGCCAUUUACAACGGGAGAUACGACAUGCUCCCGAACAGUACCACGGAGCAACGUCGGUAUUAGCUUUAUUAAGCCAGACGGCUAUUUUGAAUGGACAUUGAAAGUUUAUUAAAUGAAAUAAACCCAAGUAAUAAACUGCAAUUUGACCCAUCUUUCUACUUGGUCGACCAAAACCAGGUUCGUAAUGUAAAGGUAUGAUUUUUGUAAUACAUAUUACAAAUCCCCAUAAAUAAUAAUAAUAAUAAUAAUAAUAAUAAUAAUAAUAAUAAUAAUAAUAAUAAUAAUAAUAAUAAUAAUAAUAAUAAUUGGACAAAAUACAGUCUGGAUAUUGAUCGUCAAUGAUUCUUCAUCACGCUUCACAUAAAUAUUGCAGUAAGUUAAAAAUAAAUAAAUAAAUAAAUAAAUAAAUAAAUAAAUAAAUAAAUAUUGUGUAGCAAUAACGCCUCCUCGCUAUGCUAAUUGAUCAAUUUCUUAACAAUUAAAAAAGUGAUCUCGUCAUUGUUUUUUGUUAUUGCUAGCAUUCUUUGUCGGUAACUUAAUUAUAUACAAAUUGUAAACUGUUUAAUCGUUGUAAACUGUUGCGUUAAAUUGAUUAUUGUGACGGCUCUUAAAAUAAAGCCUUUUAUUCUGUCAUUGCAUUGUUUAGUGUCUAUUACUGUACUAGUCCUAAACGUUUGGAUGUACUGUCUAAACUUGGUGAUAUUUGUCAUACUUCUUCAAUGAUGUUUGUGAAUAUGAAUGAUGGGUGUAUUUGAAUCCACACAUUCUUAUUUUUUCUGAUCUUUUCAGAGCUAUGGAUAAUACGGUGUACCUGAUGUAUUCAUUAAAAAAAUAAAAAAUAAAAAAUAUA